AUGGCAACGUCCCCACAGAAGUCUCCUUCUUCCCCCAAGUCCCCCACCCCUAAAUCUCCUCCGUCCAGAAAGAAAGAUGACUCCUUUCUCGGCAAACUCGGCGGCACGCUGGCGAGGAGGAAAAAAGCCAAAGAAGUAUCUGAAUUACAGGAAGAAGGAAUAAAUGCCAUUAACUUACCUCUCAGUCCGAUUCCAUUUGAACUAGACCCUGAGGACACUAUGCUAGAGGAAAAUGAAGUCCGAACAAUGGUCGAUCCAAAUUCAAGAAAUGACCCAAAAUUACAAGAACUAAUGAAGGUAUUAAUUGACUGGAUUAAUGAUGUGUUGGUGGGGGAGAGGAUUAUUGUGAAAGAUUUGGCUGAAGACCUGUAUGAUGGACAAGUAUUGCAGAAAUUAUUUGAGAAACUUGAAAGUGAGAAGUUGAAUGUUGCUGAAGUUACUCAGUCUGAGAUUGCUCAGAAACAGAAGCUACAGACAGUGCUUGAAAAGAUCAAUGAAACACUCAAACUCCCUCCAAGAAGCAUUAAAUGGAACGUUGACUCUGUUCAUGCUAAAAGUCUUGUAGCCAUACUUCAUCUUCUGGUUGCAUUAUCACAGUAUUUUCGAGCUCCAAUCAGACUCCCAGAUCAUGUGUCCAUUCAAGUGGUUGUUGUGCAGAAACGAGAAGGAAUCCUUCAGUCUCGACAAAUCCAAGAGGAAAUAACUGGUAACACUGAGGCACUAUCAGGAAGGCAUGAAAGAGAUGCAUUUGACACCUUGUUUGAUCAUGCUCCAGACAAGCUCAAUGUAGUCAAAAAGACUCUCAUCACCUUUGUGAACAAGCAUCUAAAUAAACUGAAUUUGGAGGUCACUGAACUUGAGACCCAGUUUGCAGAUGGUGUGUACUUAGUGCUGCUAAUGGGUCUCCUAGAAGGCUAUUUCGUACCUCUGCACAGUUUUUUCUUGACUCCUGAUAGUUUUGAACAAAAGGUCCUCAAUGUAUCCUUUGCCUUUGAGCUAAUGCAAGAUGGUGGAUUGGAGAAACCAAAGCCAAGACCAGAAGAUAUUGUAAACUGUGACUUGAAGUCUACACUGAGAGUACUCUACAAUUUGUUUACCAAAUACAGGAAUGUGGAGUGAAGAAUUGAUUUAGGUCAUAAAAGAGUGUUAACAAUGAAAGCAUCAUAACAAGCAUAUUUUUCAUCAAUAUUCCUCUGCAUCUUUAUCCUAAAAGGAGUUAAACCACUUCUCUGAAGAAUUUUUAUUUCAUUGUUCUUGUACUGCUAUUUUCAUAGUAGAGUUAAAAUUAAUAGAAGGGGACAGCAGUGCUUGCAGCUACAUAGUUCAGUAAUACAAGUGGACCAGUGACUGCUGGAUAAGGUCCUCAUCUUCUUCGAUUGACUGUGGACCAAGUUCCUGAUUGGCAUUUCUCUGUAGCAUUAAAUCAACAUUUGGCCCUUUCUGUUUAUGGAGAGCUGCUUGGGAGUGGUUUACAUUCAGGCAGACCGCACUGACUGAGGUAAAUGCUAGUUGGUUAGUUCUUGUUCUUAGUUUCUUAAACUAUGUUUUUAAAUUAAUGUUUCAGAUAAAUUCAGCAGACACCUUACUGCAAGCUGCAGUGCUAUAAAGCAGAAUUGGUUUUAAAAGCAAUGUGGUUUAUUUCAUUAGAGAAAGAUAUGAGUGAGAUAUUUAAUAUACUAGAUACUAAUUCGAGGUCUAGUCUUUGUUAUUCUUGUUGGCCUGUCAAAACAGCCUUCAUGAGUGGCCUGUGUGUGCCAAGCACCAAAGAGAGAGCUGCCACAAAGACCUCUUGCAAGAUGUUCUACACAGUUACCUAAUUAGUAUAGUUUUUUUCUUUGCAGAUAAAGUACAAUUAAAGGCUAAAGAAAUUAAUUGAGUAAUUAAAGUAAGAUAUUUUGUUUUGAUGUAUUGCAUGAAAAGUGGAGAUAGCAGCACCAAAAUUAUGCAUACCUCAUCAUCCACGGGUUUUCCAAAGAGAUUUUGAGUCAUUUAACAUUUACUGUUUUAAUGUAUCUUGACAAUAUUGUCUGCGUGCCUACUUGCUUCUGCAACAAUGAGACUUUUUUCUGUCUGAUGGUUUAAUACUACAAACUUUGCAACAAUGUUAAUGUUAGUGAAUUAUUUGGUUCCCAUUUCAAUAUCAAACUAAUUGAGAAAAAAAGAAUAUUUGCAAAAUGUGAUUCUUAAGUAUCUGAAAAUAAGGGUUUGUUUACCUCAAGCUGCGUUGCCUUCAGCUUGCAAAUAUAUUUUGUACCUGUAAGUCAGAGACAUUGCUAUUGCUGACAAUUUUCCUUUGCUUUUUCUGAAACCUUUGUUAUGAUUCACAAUAAAAUUUGCACCUGAAAAUCAA